ACUCAGCAUCAUCCAAAGGAAUUCAUGAUGUCUGCUGAUGGGCAGUAUUUGCUUCUGAAACAGAGAGUCACACCGCUGUACAGACAUACAACCAAGGCCGAGUAUGCUGUUUACAAUCUUCAUACCAGAGACAACCCCGAGCCAUUACAGGGCUUCCCUCCACACAUUGAACUAGAGUACGUGGCCUGGUCACCAACUGGGCAUUCUUUGGUUGUAGUGAAGGACCAUAAUAUAUUUUACAAACCAGAUGUCCAGGCUAGCCCGAUCCAGCUAACCACUUCUGGCACCCCAAAGUUGAUUUAUAAUGGGGUCCCUGAUUGGGUUUAUGAAGAGGAGAUCCUAGGAGCAGACAACGCUAUCUGGUGGUCCCCUCAGUCGACCUACUUGCUCUAUGCCAGUUUCAAUGACACUAGAGUUCCCAAGUUCCACUUCCCCAGGUAUGGAGAUCUGGACAAUCCCUACACUGAAGACCAAGAAAUUUCAUAUCCAAAAGCUGGGUAUCCAAACCCAAGCUUCACCUUGUACGUGGUCAAACUGUCAACACGGGAGGAAAGAAAGCUGAUUCCACCUCCUGAGAUGGCUGACUGGGAUUAUUAUUUCACAACAGUGGUCUGGAGAAAUGACGAAGAGGUCAUGGUCACUUGGAUGAACCGAACUCAGACUUUUGCUAUACACACAAUUUGUUCAGUGAGCAAUGGCGUGUGUAAUAAG